AGAGACCCUAACCGACUUUGAGAGAGAGUCAGUCUACUAGGAAACCCCACAUAUACUGGACAGUAGUCAUGUUUUAUUAAGGUUGACAGCUGUUUAUUAUAAACGGGACGAGAAAGAAAAAAAAUUAUCGUGGUGCUUAUAGUGAUAGUGACUGAUUUUUUCUGUCGAACUGAUAUUUCGGACGUGUGCAGUGUGAUAUGCUACUGGGAGCGAUGCCCGAUGAAAGCGCCGCGGCGUUACUGCUGCCAACUGCAAAGACGCGAGCGACGGACUUCUCCAUAGCUGCUAUCAUGGCUAGGGGCGCCGGAUCGCCACAAUCGUGUACGCGGCCGCCGUCUGUACAUUCCACUUCAAAUGAUGAACAAAUACAUGAUGAUCAUCUCUCCAGAUUAAGCUCGCCCGGUUUAGACGACGGCCUGGAAGAUGACGACAUCGAAGUCGACGUCGAAAUUUGCUCGGACGGUGCACCCUCUCCUAGACCAAAUAAGAUAAAAAUGCUCCGAGAAUCUCCACCGAUUUCCGAUUGUGGAUCGGAGGCGGCGGAGACGGACAGAAUAUCGCCGGACUUAGUUUUAGAUCGGCCCGUAUCGAAAACAAAAAUCCUAUGCAACUGUGAGGAGUUAGUUAAUAUAGAAUGUCACUUAGAAACUAAAGACUUGUGGGAUAAGUUUCACGAUCUCGGCACCGAAAUGAUAAUAACGAAGUCUGGAAGAAGGAGGAUGUUUCCAACGCUAAGGGUGUCAUUUACGGGCGUACGACCGGAGCAACGAUACGCUGUGAUUUUGGACAUCGUACCUGUAGAUAACAAAAGGUAUCGUUAUGCAUAUCAUCGUUCAUCGUGGUUAGUCGCUGGUAAAGCUGACCCACCUGCUCCCUGUCGUCUUUACACGCACCCGGAUUCUCCAUUUACGGGGGAACAACUCCGGAAGCAAGUCGUCUCCUUUGAAAAAGUGAAACUCACCAAUAACGAAAUGGACAAGCACGGACAUAUCGUGCUCAAUUCAAUGCACCGUUACCAGCCAAGAAUUCAUUUGGUCAAGUGGAAGGAUCACACCGGUCCCGUCACCGAUUUAGAACAAGAGCAGUAUCGAUCCUUCAUCUUUCCAGAAACGGUUUUCACCGCCGUCACCGCCUACCAAAAUCAAUUAAUUACAAAAUUGAAGAUAGACUCAAAUCCGUUCGCGAAAGGAUUUCGUGAUUCCUCAAGGCUCACCGACUUUGAUAGAGAACCGAUGGACAGCUUGUUCAUGGAGCAGCACUUCCUACGAAAUUCCCUGCGACUCUACGGAGAUCCGCUCGAUGCAGAAAACAACAAUUCCGGCUCGCUUUUCUCGGCCGCGAUGAUGGAGAAGGCUCGUGCCCACAUACAGAUGUGGGGAAGAGCUGGAGGUAAUCCCUACAACCCCAGUGAGCUACACGCGAUGUUGCUCAGUGGUGCACCAGGACAGUAUUUAGCACGUAGCGCAGUUCCUUUAGGUAUACCCACACAAUUGUGGAGUCAAAGCGGUGUCUCAUGGCCUAAUCCCAUUCACGGCGGAUUGCCCCCCGGUUUACUGGGCCCGCCGCCCCCUCACAGGCCGCAAAUAACUCCCCCGCCUCCCCCAUCCUCAACACCAAGUUCCUCGUCUGGAUCGCCCAGUCCUACCACCGUAAAUAGCUCUUCCGAAUUACGUCUCCCCAAAGCACUAUUUCCGAGCACCUUACACCGCUUCAGCCCGUACACUCCCUCACUGUCAAGAACUUCAACCUCAUCCAUUAGCCCGACGUCACGGUUAACCCAUUGAUCAACUGUCCUGCUGUAAUCCAAUAUCCUACCAAAGAAGUGUAUGCAUAAGACUACUGUAUGAUAUCACUGUACAUAAUCAAUUUAAAUAUAUUUAUUACUUAGUAGUUUAUUAUGUACAAAGAAGUUCUUUACGUCGUAUAUUUUGUAUAAAUGUACUAUUUAUGACAGUAUUACGUUUACCAGUGUGUUUUUCGAAGAGAGAAACUAAACUAUAUAGUAAAUAGACUCUCGCAUUACGUGCGGAUCAUUGUGUUCCUUAUUAUUGUGUAAUUUUCGUGUGAAUAUACAGUCACGUGUAUAUUUUAUAUUAUUUGUUUAUUGCCUGGGAUAUUCUGUUUAUACUUAUUAGCCUCGUUGUUGUUAUGUAAAUAUAAACAUUACAUGGA